AUGGACAUAAAUUGUCCUGCAAACGAGAAAGUGCGAGUGGACCAUGCGCUCGAUGUUCAAAAGCAAAAGUCAAAUGUUGCAUCACUCCGAAAAGCAAACGACCUACAGCAGCUAGGCUUAUAUGCCAUAAGACGAGAAAACUACACCUCAGCCCUGCGUCGCAACCCAAGCUAUGACUAUAUCAACCCAAAUUUCCUGUUAGAAUCACCAGAACUUGCCCCAUUGUCCUGGGAUGGGCUCGACCUCUCGCCGGAGACUGGUUUUGCACCAACAUCAGAUCAAACUUCCAAACAAUCUGAAGGCACAUUGAUUUCCACCACCAAUUUCCCCGAUUUAUUCGAUGGCGAAGUCUUGGAAUAUCGAAAAUUGGGUACUAGUCCAACGAACACCGUUCCUACCGCUAAUUAUACGGCACCUUAUUUCUUCGAUUAUGACCCAACCAGUGUUCUCAACCAAAAGGAAACUGGAUUGAUAGGGUGGCAGAGCUUCAUGUCAGGCUUUACAUCCAGCAUGGCUCUCAAGAUCGUAGCGCUCAAAACUUCGCAGCUGCAACCGACAGAUUCAACGUAG